CUUGACGUUGAACAGCUGCUGCUGCAGUAUGUUGGAAUGUGGGUCGAAUUGGUCGACGAUAACAAAUGAACAACAAAUCUAUUUAAUUUUAGGUAUCUUCUAUAUAAUAAUAAUACCCAUUAAUAUUAAAAUGACAUUAAUAAUAAUGGCCGUGGCCCGUGACAUGAUGACAACAACUGAACAACGUCACUUAUCACGCGUCAAGUGUCAACAGGAUUGUUUUAAACAAUAAUCAAUAAUGCGUACCAGUAUCCUGUAUUUAUAUCUGUAAUUUUCCAUCAAGGCCGAAUGUCUUAUGUCCAUCAUAAUAUAUUAAUAAUGGUGGGUCCACCACCACAGUCGUUUUGUCUGGCUAGUCUUCGAACCGCCGCAUCCAAUGGUGUAUGUACAAGGUAGCGAUAGCUAAAUCAACCGUGGACGCGGAGAUGGAAGGUAUUGACGUGGAGUUCACAGACGUGACCCUAACGGUCAACGUGUGGGACCCUCUGGUGACGAAGACGUUAAGGCCUGGUAAGAAAAGAAAACGGUUUUGAACAAUGUCAGUGGCUUGUUCCGUAGAAAUGAAGUAGGGGCCAUACUAGGAUGUUCUGGAUCUGGAAAGUCAACCCUCAUGAAUAUUUUAUCUGGUUACAUGUCAAGUGGUUACCAAGGAUCUGUAACUUUAAAUGGUGCACGUCGAGAUUUGCUAUCAUUUAGGAAUGUUUCAAGCUACAUCAUGCAAGAGGAUAGUUUGCAAUUGUAUUUGACUGUUCAAGAAUCAAUGGAGAUUGCCAUGAAGCUUAAACAUUCAAUAUCUAAAUUGGAUGUUCAAAAGAGAAUCUCAAUAGACGGUUUACUUCAUAAUUUACUUUUACAUGAUAAACGAGACUCGUUGGUUUAUAAUUUAUCCGGUGGUGAGUGUAGAAGACUGACCAUUGCUUUAGAAUUGGUUCGCAGCCCAAAAGUGAUGUUUUUUGAUGAACCAACAACAGGUCUGGAUAUAGUGUCUGCAAAUAAUGUUGUUAAGAUUAUGAGAAAAUUGGCCGACUCUGGGAAAACGAUAAUAUGCACUAUACAUCAAGCAUCUGCUUCUCAUUUGACAAAUUUUGACACGGUUUAUGCUCUUACACCUUCAGGACAGUGCAUGUAUAAUGGAAAAUCAUCACUAAUAAUUGAUUAUUUCUCAGAUCUUGGAUUUCAAUGUCCUGAGUAUCACAACCCCGCUGAUUAUGUAAUUGAACUGAGUUUGGGUGAAUAUGGAAUACCCAUUGAUACAAUGAUUGAGCUAGCUAGAGAAACAAACAAGAAUGAUCGACACAUAAUUAACCAAAGUGCUAACUCUGUACCUGUAAUUUAUAGUCGAGAAUAUUCUUCAAAAUGUUUUCCUGAGCUUUGUAUACUUAUGCACAGAACUUUGCUAACUACUUUUAGAGAUCAUUUUCUAGUUAAAGUAAGACUUUUUGUCCACUUCUUGCUGGGUAGCAUGUUUGGAAUUGUUUACAUAGGACUUGGGAAGAGCGCUAUGCACGUUCGUGACAAUGCAGUAUUACUAUUUUUCUGUGUAAUGUUUAUGACUUAUGUAGCAGCCUUUACCAUGUCUAUAAAAUUUCCGUUAGAAUUGUCAGUGAUGCGGAAAGAAUAUUUUAAUAGAUGGUAUUCAUUAAGUUCUUAUUACAUUUCUGUCACACUCGUGGAUCUACCAGUACAAAUUUUUUGUACCUUUUUGUUCUGUUCGCUAAUAUACUUGUUAUCUGGUCAACCUUUAAUACUCUUUAGGAUUUCGAUGUUUCUGUUGAUAUUUAUUGUGACUGGACUUAUGUCCCAAGCAAUUGGUAUGCUUGUCAGUACUCUCUGUAAAGGUUUUGUUAUUAAUACCGUUAUAGUUGCAUUAAUAUUAAUGUUUUGGACCACUUAUGCAGGUGGAAUGAUAAGAAUAUCCGAUACCCCUAAAAUAUAUCGAUGGUUAUAUGAUGUAUCAUUUAUGAAACAUUCUGUGCAAGGUGUACUUCAUUCAGUUUAUGGUUAUGAUCGAUCUGUAUUGCCUUGUCCAGUUAUGUUUUGUCCAUUUGGUUCACCAAAAGUAAUGCUUAAAACAAUUGAUAUGGGUGAGAAUUUGUACUGGAUAAAUGUCAGCUUUAUCACUAGUAUUUAUGUUGUAUUGAAAGUAUGUGCUUUUAUCGCUUUAAAGUAUAAGUUGUCUUCUACUUGAAAAAAAUGCCAAACAAAAGAUCUAACGGAAUAUGAGUUACUGAAAAUUCAAGAUGAUUCAAUAGGUAUUCAACUUUUUUUAUUAUUGAAUAUCACUUUCAAUUUAUCAAAAAUUAUACUUAAACUGUAUUUUUGUUAUGUAACAAUUAAUUUACAUUAGAAUAGAUGGGAAUCUAAUGGCCGCUCUUACAAUUUUUGGUUAAGGGUCUGUUGGCGCUAACCGACUGAUAACAGAGUUUACUAUCGGCAGAAUUAUACCAGUUAAGUGUCCGUUAACUUUAACCGGACAUUGUAAGAACAGCCCUAAAUUUCUACAAAAAUAGAUACUGAUAUGACCAUGAAUAACUAUAAUGUUAAAAUAGCUUUAUUAUUUGAGUUAUAAUAUAAUAUGUACCAGAUUAUGUAUGAUAGCAGUAUUUGAGAUGCAAGGCACUCUUUUUUGACUUUUUAUUGUAUUGUAGUGUACCUAAUAUAUUUAUGGAUCAUAGAUUAUAAUAUAUUCUUUGUUCACACAA